UUUCGGAACGAAACAACGACUGUCAAACUAAACCGUGUAGCGUGAUCAUGUAUUUCGUUCGUUGGUGUUUACGCUAAAUACUCUGGAAUCUAAUAAUUUUUGUCUUCAUUUAUACGCUUGAAUAGUUUAAUACUGUACGUUUGACUUCAUAAAAAUGGCCCAAGCAUCGCUACCGAAUCCGAACACGUUACUACCUCUCGAACUUGUAGAUAAGUGUAUAGGUUCGCGGAUCCAUAUAAUUAUGAAAAACGAUAAAGAAAUGGUUGGAACUCUACAAGGAUUCGACGAUUUCGUUAAUAUGUUGCUUGAUGACGUCACGGAGUAUGAAUCAACACCAGAGGGAAGAAAAAUUACGAAAUUGGACCAAAUAUUGUUAAAUGGUAAUAACAUAGCAAUGUUGGUGCCUGGAGGUGAAAUGCCGGGCGAUUCGUACGAGGCACAGUGAUAAUAUUUAAGUUAAUAAAGUAUUUGCAUAAGUUUGUA